AUGAGGCGCGGCGGGCGACCGGCCCCGCGGCGCGUGCGAGCUCACUUGGGUCGGGGCGUUGGCAGUCUCGCGCCGCGGGCCGGAAGACCGGCCGCCUCGGGCCGCGGUGGGGGCGGGGGUCCCGUCCGGCGGGACGGCCGCUCUCGCCGCCUCCGGACGCUCGGGGCGACUUCCCGGGACUCCCCAGGGGGUCGGGCUCGCGGGCAGCGCUUCCCGCUCCGCCGCGCGGCGGCCGGACACUCGCGCCCCGGCCCGCGCGCCGCCUCCCUCCAGUCACCCCACCCUCAGCCGUCCCCGCCACCUUACUCCACCGCCCUCCCCCGCCGCUCCGCGCACUCCGCGUCGGGGCCUCCAGCUCCUCGCUCCCGCGAACCGCUCACUUGGCAGCCCUUCGCCCCCGGGAAGAAGAAACAUUUCCCCGAGCGCACUCCUCAGCCCUCCCCCCUCGGCCCUCCCCUCCCCCUGCUCGCUUUCCUGGGGGAGGGGGGCUGUCGCCUCGGAUUGAAGGCCAUUGAUUUGUAUGUAUUUGUCCCAGCCCCGGAGGCUGCCCCAGCCGCCCGCGCCGGAGCCGCCGCUGCCAGUGGAGUUGCCUCCCUGCUUCCCUAG